CUAGGUAUCUUUUUUGUAUUCGAUAAAUAGCUAAGUAGAGUGUGGCAGUGUGCCCCAUGCAGUACCUCGUGUGAAGACUCGUCAGUCGUCACUAAUGUAACGUGUCUUGAAGUUUCGUUUUGACUAUAGACAUAAUUGUUAUUAUUACUUUAUAGCGCAUAAUUUAAUUUUCGUUCUUACAAAACAUCAGCUGAAAUGAACGAAAUCGCCGAACAAAAAAUAUCGUCUUUCAAGGAAUUGGGUGUGGUCCAGGAGCUGUGUGAUGCUUGUGAACGCGUAAAAUGGAGAACCCCUACACCGAUUCAAGUGAAGGCCAUUCCUGCAGCAUUAAAUGGUCGGGAUGUGAUUGGUCUUGCAAAGACAGGUUCUGGCAAGACGGGGGCAUACACUAUACCCAUGUUACAGGCUCUGCUUGCUAAACCUAGCAAGUUAUUUGCUGUCGUGCUAACUCCUACCAGAGAAUUGGCUUUUCAAGUCAAGGACAACAUUGAAGCUCUUAGCUCUAGGUUUGGAGUGAAGGUAGUAGUGCUCACUGGUGGCAUGGAUUACAAGGUUGAGAAGACUAAACUUAUGGAGAAGCCGCAUAUUGUGGUGGCCACUCCUGGUCGAUUGCUGGAUCAUCUCAAGCGCACCCGAGGCUUCAAUCUUGAAAAUGUCAAAUAUUUGGUUUUUGAUGAAGCUGACAGAAUUUUAGGCGUUGAUUUGGAAGAACACAUGAAUGAUAUCAUCCGCGUCCUGCCAAAGAAUAGACGAACUAUGCUCUUCUCGGCAACUAUGAAUAACAGCGCCCAGAAACUGGAGCGGGCAUCAUUAGUGGACCCUGUAAAAGUGAAAGUUAACGAGCUCUACCAGACGGUGGAUACACUGCAGCAGUACAUGAAGCUUGUACCGGAACAAGAGAAGAUUGCUCACCUUGUGUGGUUUUUGAACGAUGCCAAAGCACACAAACUGCAAGACAAAACAUUCAUUAUUUUCUGCGGCACGCGGCGACGCACGAUGGCGGUCCACAUCACCCUCACGCAGCUCACGUUCAAGUCGGUGCCGCUCUUCGGUAAAAUGCUGCAGAGCAACAGGCUCGCCGCCCUCCACAAGUUCAAGGCAAACCAACGCAAUAUUUUAGUGGCAACCGACGUGGCCUCCAGAGGCUUGGACAUCGAGGGCGUGGACUGGGUGAUUAACUUGGACUUGCCAAUGAGCACCAAGGACUACAUCCACCGCGUGGGUCGCACUGCCCGAGCUGGCAAGCAGGGCCAGAGUAUUACCUUCACCACUCAGUACGAUGUCUUCGAAUUCUUCGGUCUUGAGAAGAAGCUCAAGAUCAAAAUGCAGGAAUUCCCCAUCAACGAAGACGAAGUGGAAAUCCUCUUGCCUUCAGUGAAAGCGGCCGAGCAGACUGCCUCUGAGGAAUUGGGCCGCAUGGAGGAUGACCGUUUCUUGGCUGGGAUCAAGUCCGCCAAGAGGAAAGGCUCGUCUUUUGGAUCUUCUAAAAAGCGCAAGACUUAAACUUUUGUUUGGUUACCCUCUUCAUCAAUUAUAUAUAGAAACAAGUUUU